ACUUCCCAUUUCUAAAUAUCAUUUAUAAAUCACUUUGACUUUCUAAUCUUCAACUUAUAUAAUCACUCACCUUUCCUUAAACUUCCAAACUACAUUGCUUCCCACUUGCCGCCAUCAACAAAAUAUGAGCUGUUCUUCAGAUGAACUUGCUUAUGCCAACUGCCAUUCCACCGCAGCAUCCCACAAGAAAUUCAAAGGGAUUCGUCGCCGGAAAUGGGGCAAAUGGGUGUCCGAGAUCAGGGUUCCCGGCACGCCGCAGCGACUGUGGCUCGGUUCCUAUGCCCCCCCCGAGGCCGCCGCCGUUGCACAUGACGUCGCAUUCUACUGUCUCCGAGGAAACUCUUCCCCGCAAAAUCUCAAUUUUCCUUUGGUAUUACCCGCCAGCGCGAGGGUCGGGAUGUCGCCGCGGUCGGUGCAGAAGGCAUCGUCCGACGCUGGUUUGGCUGUCGAUGCGAGAUUGUUAGACUCAAAAAACAAGUCAAGUUUUAUUGAAGAGGGGAAGAAAGUGAAUCAUUUGGAGGAAGAACACAACACAUGGCAGCGAAAUGGUGGCAACUGGGGAGGCGAAACGAGCGGUUGGCCGCUGACAACUGACGAGGAGCAGCUUAGCGUUUCAGUCGAAGAUUAUCUUUAGUUAUGUCGCGUUCCCAGCAAGUGAAUUGUCCUCCUGAGGACUGCAUGGAGCACCAAUUUUUUCCUGCUCUGUUUUUUUUUUUUUUCUCAUUGAUGGUCAAUUUCAUCGGGGAUGAGUUGGGAGUUGGCAGGCGGCAAGUGCAACAAUGUAUUGUCUGGCCCUUAAAUCUUGUAUUUAUGUUUAUGCAAUUAAAUGUCCUUAGUUCAGUAUUUCUUCAA